AUGUUUAAGUUAUCUCCUAGGAGGAGUCAAAGAUCUAAAGGCUUCAAGGUGAAGCAUGCUUUACAAAUAUGUGUUCUUGUUGGUGUUUGUAUCUGGUUGGUUUACCAAAUUGGACACUCUCGCCAGAAAAAGGUGUCGUAUGUAGAGAAUACACAAAUUGGCAAUGAGGUUAUUAAGUUAGGGAGGAAGAACCUCAAUCCUCCUGUGAAGGAAACAUCUGUUAUAGAUGCAAGACACAAGGAAGACGAGGAGGAAGAUGAACAAGACAAUAAGCAUGAAGAUCCAACCAAAUUGGAUGAUGUUAAUGUCGUGGAAGAUGAUUCUGAGCAUAAAGAGGAUUCGGGAGUAGACCAAGAGAGUGAAGAGAGUUCUCAAAAUGCUAGAACUGUCACUGAAGGUGAACAGCAUGUGGAGAAAGAAGAUGAAGAGAAUGAUAAUGCAGACAACAAGGAGAGUGAAAUAAAAGAUGAAGUUGAGGACAAAGAAACGGGCGAAGCUAGUGAGGAAAAGAGUAAAUUAGAGAAUGAAGAGAACAAAGAUGAGGAAAAGAGUAAUUUAGAGAAUGAAGAGAAAAAGGAGGAGGAAAAGAAUAAUUUAGAGAAUGAAGAGAGCAAAGGUGAAGAAAAGAGUAAUUUAGAGAAUGAAGAGAACAAAGAUGAAGAAAAGAGUCAUUUAGAAAAUGAAGAGAACAAAAAUGGAGGGGAGGACAAAAAAACUGGACAAAAUAAAGAGGAAAAGAGUCAGCAAGAUAAUGAAGAGUCAAGUGAAAUAGACACCAAAGAUAAGGAGAAUGAAGAAAGCAAGCAGAAUGGAACCGAUGCGAAGGACCAAGUGGAGGAAAAUCACAAGCAAGAUAGUAAAGAAGGGACGGAGGAGAGCAAUGGAACAGAAGAAGAGAAAGAAGAACAUGAUAAGAUUCAGAAAGAGACUUCAUCUGAAAAUCAGGUUCAGGAUGGCAAAAAGAACGAGGCUAGGGAGGAAAAUUAUGCUGGAGAUAAUGCCUCCAGUGCUGUUGUAGAUCCUAAGUCGGAAGACAUUUCGAAAGAAAAUGAUAAUAACAAAGAAGAGCAGGUUGACAAUAAGGAAAAGAAUGAACUUGAGUUGAAGUCUCAGAAAAAUAGUGAUGAAACUACAGAAUCCACUGAUUCUCCUGCUACAGGAAACAGCCAGGGAAAUCAGAGUGGGAAUGAUCGGGCACAGACCGAGAAUGAUUCACAGAAGAGUUCCGUGUCAGAAUCAGAUGAACAGAAGCAGGAGCAGAACAACAACACCAAGGAUGAUGAACAAAAGGAAGAUUCAUCGUCACAGAAUGGGAAUGACUCAACUGAUAAACAGAAUGAAACAUCAGAAGAUAGUUCCAACACACAAAAUACAAUGGCAAAAACUGAAGAUUCUAAGUCAGGUGCUGCCGGGGAUCAGGCAGAUUCCACUACUAAAUCUUCGUCGGAAACUCAAGACAGCAAUACAAAUCAUAGUGAAUACAAGGACACCACUAAUGAAAACCCAGAAAAGAAUUCUGGCCAAGAAGGAACACAAGAAAGUGGUUCAUCAUCCAACACAAUUGAUAACAAAGAUGCCACUGGCAAUGAGGCUCAACUCACUACCUCUGAUACAUCAUCAGAACAAAAGAAAGAUGAAUCAUCGAGUAAUUCCGAAUCUGCACAGAACGACAAUGCAAACUCAGUUCAAAGCAACACCAACAAUGAUGAAAGUGCUAAUGACAACAAAGAUUCUAGCCAGAUCAAUUCGUCUGAACAAAGUGGAGAGGGAAACACAAACUCGGAAAACAACAGUGAUUCUAACCAGAACGACUCAAACAAAAAUGAAAGUACCAAUAACAGUGGAAAUGCCUCAAACGAUGCCAAUGAGAACAAGAACUCUGCUCAGAGCAAAACUAGUGCGGAUGAAGGUGACGCUCAGAAUGAAUCAGUGGAGUCAAAAAAGGAGAAUGACGAAUCUUCUCACACUGAAGGAGAUAACAAUUCUAACUUGAAUGAGCAGGGAACUUCUGAUACUUCAGUCGCACAGGAUGAUAAAGAAUCCCACGUAGAUUUGGAUACGUUGCCAGAACGCAAUGGAGAAAGCAGUCACCAUGAUGUUUCAUCUGCAGAAUGA